AUGGAGGGUGUGGACCACUUCCUGGACAACAACCCGGAACUCUUCGAAAGGGUGACCGAGGACAAUAUUCAUGUUCCUCCUGAGCCCGAGAAACUCUACGACAUGACUUCGCUGCCCGAUCCACCCGCGGAUUUGAAAUUCUUCGGUAUGUGUGCCAGCGACUUCCGCAUCGGCCGUCACAUCAUGAAGGAGAACUGUCUGGCGUUGGCCAAGUUUUGGUUCUGGGGGAUUCGAUUCGACAUGUACCUCCGUCCGUCCGGAACCAAAAUCAUCAACGCAUUGUGGAAACUGUUUUACUACAUGGCAGAUGAGCAUCGUCCACGCAACUGGAUCGAGGUUUUUGAUUUCACUCGUGAUUCCGGCCCCCGGUUGUUCAAAUAUACCACUAAUCCUUGUCCCUUCCCCUACAGCCAACGUCAUCGAGAGCUCCCAAGCCUCAAGGGAGCCACUGGAGCCGGCUUUCAUCGACCUGCAGACGCACCGUCUGUCUUGCCAGAUGUCUACAUCGAACGGUUUCUACUUCCAGCUGUCUCGAGGAAGAGAAAGAUGUCACACCGGACUCAACCUCCGGAAUACACCGAGAGAGAAACCCGGGCAGCCAAAAGACGCAGAACACAAACGUCUCCUUCUUCCGAUUCAACCCUCAGCCUCGCUGGUAUGUCCACUCAGGUUUCUAACAACCGUUUUCAGAUACCACCGUUACCCGAGGUUGGCGAGACCAGCUUUGACAGUCCAAGCCCUGAUCCAUGGACGGUUCUCCCGGUUACUCUCACCAAUGGAAUACUCCUCCCGACAACUACCCCGACAACCGUACCAGCAGCUCUUUCAGCAGGUCUUCCAGCAGCUUUGACUGGAACUUUAUCUGGCGCUUUGCCCAGUGUUCAGAUGCAGGCUGUGACCGAAGCAGUGGAACGCGCAGUAAUGAAAUUCGCAUACGCCGAACUUGAACGGGAUCCCAGUGCUCCAGCUCGAGCACCUUUCCCUACCAGAACGGCCUGUGACAAGGACACUCUGCGUCUUAUGCAGGUUGCAACGUUUCCCGCCACCAGAACCGUGAGGUUGAUGCCCCCUGAGCUUCUCUUUGACCCAAACGGUCUCACCUAUCCGUAUCGCGGGCGGGGACCGGUCUGGAAUGGCGGUUCCUGUGCUAUCGAUGCCGCGAUCACGUUGGGAAUCCUUGCUGACGCUGGAUGUACUGUUGCAGACCGCAAAGGCGAUUGGCAGUCACAAUUCACCACACUCGAGAAAGCUUUCAUUGAAGUCUGCAAUAUGAACUGGGAUGUCUACGAUGAUUACACAUCUAUUGACCUUCGCGACGCCUUUUGGAAGAAGCUAGUCUCUAUCGUCCCCAGUCUCACUAUUGGAGCUCCUACUCCUGUCUGGGUGGUUUGGGCGGAAUCAACAAGGAACUUUGCUCAGUUUCAGUUCAACUUCACCGAGCUGUUGACUCCCUGUCCAUGCCAGGGCCUGGCCCCAAUAUCCACAGACAGGAUGGGCCAAUGCAUGUAUCCCAUAUCCCAGCCCUUAGAUCAGUACGGUGUGACUGUGUCGGAAAUGAUCGAGCGCUCUACCUAUGGCCCCAAGCACAGUGGACCAUGUCCAGACUGUGGAUCACCAACGGGAGACACCAAAGUCAAACAGUUCAAGGACCUUCCUCUGCGGCUGGUGAUGAGUUUCGGCACGGAUAUCAAGCUGAUCUCCCACACCAAGAAUAUUGCCUUUCGGUAUGUGGACGAGCAUGGAAACCACCGCGUAGCAACCUAUCGUUGGCUCGGCGGCGUCUACUACAAAGAUCACCACGUCCGUGUUUACUGGACAGAUGCCGAACGAGGUGAAGAGGAUACCGGCAACAUCCGCAUCUACGACGGCCAAGACAACUCAGGCAUCAUUGUGGGUGACAUCCCGCCUUUCCACAGGGACUCUCGUGUGCCCCAGGAUUGGUUGCGUGAGGGCCUGCCCAUUGUCCUUUACGAGCGGGUCAUGAAUCCUUCCGACGACGUCCUCCACGUGGCUUCCCAGACCGUUACUAACAUGAUGAGUACUUCCAUACAGAACAAGCCGAUCCUGACAGAGCACACCCCCUGGCGCCGAGCACCAGAGCCUUCUUCCUCGGCUGGCCUUGACCCAUGGCCGCGCAUUCUGCCUCGCACCGGUGAGAACUACUAUGAGGCUCGGUACACCGGACUGACCCCACCCCCUCAUUCCAGAUCCCAGUUCACUCCUCGAUGUAGACUUAGCCAGUCUCGUCUGAAACAGGAAACCCAAAGCCCCAACAUGUUCGACUCGAUCCUCGACGACCCAUCAUCUUUCCUCGCCAAUCACCCAGACCUCUGGCCUGAUGGUAUUCCAGGUGACGAUGGUCUGAGUCUGGUGAACUUUCCUGAGUUGGCGCAAUCGCCGGAAGGUGUGCACACGUCGCCCUCGAAUGCUCCAACGCCCUACUUCUCACCCAGCCAGUUUCUAGACCUGCCCUCGUCCUCGAAUUCGUCCUCGAAUGUGUCCAUGGCCGAUAUCCCGGAAUAUAUUAACGUCAGUCGCGAUUGCCCCGCUCCUCACGAGCCUGCUCGCGUGUACAUUAUCCAGUCGGAUCAGUCGCAUCCCAGUCCUCCUAGAGCUGGGACUCAAAAGAAACAAAACGCCAAGCCCACCGUUAAGUCCAAUGGUAAGCCCAAGGGCAUCUCCAAGACUCCGGCCAAACCCAAGAGACGGGCGAAGCGGAUCACC